AUGGAGGCAGAUUUGAAUAAGCCAGUGAUUUCCAGGCCAUCCUUUGUUAAGUCGGUUGAGGUGUCUCCAAGAAUUGGCUGGUUGGAUGCUACUGACAUUAAGAGAAGUCUCUAUGAAGACUUUUCCUGCAUCUCUGAUAUAAGCCAGAGAGAGAGUUUGGCAUCCAGAGAACGUAUUUAUGUUUGCCUUCGCAUUAGGCCCCUUAUGCAAUUGAAAGAAGAGACUGAGUCUCAGGGCUGUAUUUCUGUUCUUGACUUGACAAGCAUUAUACUAAAAGCCCCCAAGAGCUCUAUGGUAUUUCGGCUUAGUGAAAAAAACUUGGGACAGAUGGUGCAGAAAUUCACUUUUUCGCAGGUUUUUGGCCCUGAAACCACUCAAGAGGAGUUCUUUGAAGGCACCGUGAAGCAGCCGGUGCAAGAUUUCCUGAGGGGACACAGUCGCCUGGUGUUCACCUACGGGGUCACAAAUGCAGGGAAGACAUAUACUUAUCAAGGCACAGAAGAUAGCAUGGGCAUUCUCCCAAGGGCGCUGGAUAUGUUGUUUAGAAACAUCCCAGGCAAAUUGUAUUCCAAGAUGGACUUCAAGCCCCAUCGAUGCCAAGAACAUAGAAAGCUGGGUGAAGAAGAAGUGAGAGAAGAAAUGCUUCUCAAGAACUCGCUGCUCCGUCUUGUGAAAGAGGUAUAUCAUCAAAAUGGCACCAAUCGAAAUAACAGAACUGCUGAUAAUUCUGAAGAAGUGGAGCAACCCAGCAGGGAUGAGGAGAGUGGUGCCACGUUCUCUGUCUGGGUGUCGUUUUGUGAAAUUUACAAUGAAUGCAUUUAUGACUUGCUGCUCCCAAUGACCAACGAUAGGAGGAGAAAGAUGCUGCGCCUCGCACAGGACAUAAAAGGCUGUUCGUAUGUCAAAGAUCUACAGUGGAUUCAGGUUUCAAAUGCCAAAGAAGCCUUUAAACUCGUGAAGCUAGGCCUCAAGAAUCAGAGUUUUGCUUCUACAAAACUGAACGCCAACUCCAGUAGGAGCCACAGCAUAUUCACUGUGAAAAUGCUUAAAAUAGAUUCCAAUGCAACUCAUGUUGUGCGAGUCAGUGAGCUAUUUCUGUGUGACUUGGCUGGCUCAGAACGCUGCACCAGAACCCACAAUGAAGGAGAGAGACUGAAAGAGAGUGGGAAUAUUAAUGCGUCGUUGCUUAUUCUGGGCAAAUGCAUCAAUGCCCUCAAGACCAGUCAGCAGUCUAAGUUGCAGCAGCACAUCCCCUUUCGUGAAAGUAAGCUAACUCACUUCUUCCAAGGCUUCUUCAACGGUAAAGGGAAAGUAUGCAUGAUAGUCAACGUCAGCCCGAGUACCGCUGCGUAUGAUGAGACCCUUAAUGUGCUGAAGUUUUCGGCAAUUGCUCAAAAAGUUGUCGUCCUCGACUCUUCAAAUUCUCCCCAAGAACAAACACAUGACCAGACGUCCAUCAGAGAAGAGCUAAAAACUGAUGCUGAAGCCGAUGUGUGUGUUCCUCUUAAAAGAGAAACUGUACUUUGGGAGAGGACUCUGGAAGAUGUGAUUGAAGACGAAGAAGAAUUGGCUGCUGACAGCAGUGGGGUGCAUGAAAUACACUGUGCUGAGGAUAACAUUCUCAAGGGGACAGAGUCCGAGGGAGUGGAAGAGACAUCAAGCCAGGCAGCCGAUGAAGAUGAUGAUGAAGUGAUCAUUGGGAAAGAAAAAUAUCUGAGGCUUCUCAAUAUAAUAGAGGAUCUGAAAAACAAACUGAUUAGUGAAAGAAAGGAGAAGCUAUUUAUGGAGCUAAGAAUCCGUGACGAAGUCACACAGAAGUGCGCUCGAUAUUUUGCUGACAAUGAAAGAAACCACAAGGCUCUGGCUGCCCGUAAGCAAGAGCUGAUCGAGGACAACUGGGAGGGACGGAUGCAGAUUUAUAAGGACCUUGUGAAGGAAUGUGUGCCCCUGGGGAAUGCUAGAGCAGGGGUGACGGAAGAGCCGCUCUCUGAUGAGCAGGAUGGACUUCAGGGAGAUGCAGCUAGAGAUCCGGGAAGUUCUGCCGAUUUUCUCUGCCUGUUUGAAUCACUGCAACAUAAUGUCUCUGAUAUUAAACAGCAGGCAAAAACCGCGUUUGGGGUACUUAAUGCUUUGGAAGACCCCCCGCAAAAUAUUGAGCGACUGGAAAAGCAACUGUCUAAUGUCACAGCUGAGUUAUCCAAAGUCCAGAAGGAGCUCUUGGACAGGACUGAAGAGAUGAAAAUGCAAGAGAAUAAGAUGAGUGAAUCUGCUCAAGUUCUUCAAGAGGCUACUGAGAAAAUGGUUCUACAAAAUACACGAAUACAAGAGCUAACGCAAAUUGUGGAGCAAAAGGAUAGUGAAAUAAGCAAGAUGAAAGAUCUGAUAGUUCAUCUGGAAACUAUCAUACAUGACUCUGAGAACACAAUCACUACUAUUAAACAACAAAUGGAACAGGAGAAUCAGAACAAGAAAGCAAACUGCGCCUAUUCUAGUGAGUCACUAGAGAAACAUCUGGAUACUGGGAGGAAACGAUAUUUGGAAAGGGACGAAGAAGGCCCACCUGCAAAGCAAGGCUCUGUUAGUGACCGUUCUAAAGACGGCGUAGGGACAAAGCAACCUGAAGAAAUUCGGCCAUGUUUUAUCAAGGAAGAGAGAGAAAUGGUGGAACUCGAACAAAAGGCCAAAAUGCUAGAGGUUCACUUGGCUGCACUUGGAGAGCAGUUAGAAAAAGAAAGAAGCAAGAGCGAGGGCUUGGCUAGAGAAGUAGCUAGCUUGUCCCAGGCACUUUCUUCUUCGGAGGAACAAGCUUCUGGCUUGAGACAAGAACUCCACCAACAGCAGGCCAACAGCGAGGAAAUAACGUCUGAGUUAGUUGCCCUGAAAUCUCUAAAUAAGGAACAAGAGGAAAAGAUACAGAUGCUGCUUGAAAAACUAGAGACUGUGAGCCAAAUGACUGCAGAAAAACUAUCAAAAGUAAAAGCAGUUGAGGUAAAAAUAGGCGAGCUAAGCAGCUUAGGUUCAGAUGGCCCCUCAGCAGAGGCUGACUUGUCAAAUCGGAAGGAGAGGGGAGAGCUUUCAAAAGAGGGGCGUGAAGAAAUUCAUGUCCGCCUGGGUCGAAGAAGCUCAUUUCACUGCAGUAUCGAAAGCAUCUGGGAAAUGAGCAAGCAAAUCAUUCAUGCUUCUUCUCAGAAGAGCAGUCAGAUCGCAGACCUCCAACGGCAAGCAGAGCAACUGCAGAGGAGGACCGCAGAUGCUGAAGAAGAGAAGUCUCGGCUGAAGUCCCAGAUGAGCGAGGCUACCUGUCAAGUAGAAGCAUCCUUAAAGGAAGAAGAGCGCCUCCUCGAUUGCUUAAAGGAUCUGCGAGAGGAAAAUGCCCUCUCUUCUGAGAAAUACAGGGCAGAGGAGAAGAAAGUUCUUGACUACCUUGAGAAAAUAAAAAACCUUGACAGCCUCUUGGAACAGUGUCAAGCAAAAGAGGUCAACAUAUCUGCUUUGGAACAAGCACUCAAAGAGAGAGACGCUGCUGUUUUAGUUGCAGAAAGGGGGGUGCGUGCCCUGCAGGGGAAACUUGCCGUUUCGGAAUCUAAAGUCGAAAGCUUAAGCAAUCAGGAACUGCAGCUCAAGGAAGAAGUUCAGGAGAAGUUGAUUACUAUUGAACUUCUGGAAAAGCAGGAAGAGGAAUCCAAGCAAGCUAUGGUGCAGUUGAAGGAAGAUCUCCUGGAAAGCACUGCCGUUUCUUCCCGUCUGCAAGCAGAAAUCAAGCAGAAAGAAGAAGAAUACGCAGACCUGAAAGAGAAGCUGGCUGAUGCCAAAAAACAGAUUGAGCAAGUUCAGAGAGAGGUGUGCACUAUGCGCGCUGAAGAGAAAUUACUGCGGAAUAGAGUGGGUGAACUUGAAAAAUCUAAAAUCCAGCUGGCUGAGGAACUAGAAAUCAAGCAACGAACGAUCCAGCAUUUUAAGAAGGAAGAAGUUAACAAGAAACUGGAGGAUAUUUUACAGCAAUACCAGAAGGCGUGUGAAGAUCUCUGUUCCAAGGAGAAGAUCAUUGAAUAUAUGAAACUGACUUUAGAGGAGCAAGAACAGACUCAGUCAGCACAAGAUCAAGCCCUUGAGGCUAGGACAGCAGACAUGGAAAGAUUAGUGGCUGAGCUGGAAGGAUGGAAAAAGAAGUACCACGAGCUAGAGGAGCAGAGAAGUGCUUCUGGGCAACAACGCACAAAUGCAGAAUGUGAAACAACCGCCAAGUCGCCUAGUGAAGACCUGGAGAGAUUGCAAGAGAAACUGAAGGAGUGUGAAGAAAAACAUCAAACAGAUCGCAAAAAGUGGUUGGCAGAUAAAAUGGUCCUCAUAACCCAAGCAAAGGAAGCGGAGAUUCAUCGUAACCGAGAGAUGAAGAGAUUUGCUGGAGAUCGAGAACACCAUGCGAAGCAGCUGGUAGAAGCGGAAACGCUUGUGGCAGAAAAAGAAAACGACCUUCAAAAAUGGCGCGCUGAGAGAGAUCAGCUCGUGGCAGCUUUGGAACUUGAGCUUAGCUCCCUGAUUUCUAGCAACGCACAAAAGGAUGCCGAAAUAGAAGAGCUGAAAAAGACAGCCCUGAAAACCUCCACACAGGAUCAUGAAACUGCCCUAAAGGAAAUUAGAAGGCAGUUGGCUGAGAGAGACAACAUUAUCAAGGAACUGAAGCAAAGUUGUUGCGUAAACUCUAAAAUCACGAUGUUACCCAUACCAGUAGAAGCUGAGCAACGUAAAGUGGAAGAUCUCCAUGGCUGUAAAGCGCGUAAAGAAAAGCAAACUGAACCAGUAAAUUGCAGCCAUGUUGGGGACACCGAUUUACGGCUAUGGAGUUCUAGCAGGGCAUCUUCAGUAGAAGAUAUUCAGGACCAGUCAGAAAUCAUUCUAGAUUCUUGUGAGGUGUCUUCAGAGAAUGACAAAACCAGCCGCUUUCCAAAGCCUGAAAUGGAGAUUCAUUUUACACCUUUACAACCCAACAAGAUGGAAGUGAAACAUCAAGGCAGUCCUUCCUCCGUGACUAUAAAAGUGCCCAAGGCAAGGAAAAGAAAGAGCAGCACAAUGGAUGAGAACAAUAUAUUGUCAAGUCUCCGGAAAUGCAAAUUUAGAAAUAAGGGCACUUCUGAUGGUGUUGGUCAGGAGGAUGUGAAGAAUAAAAACGAGAAGAAUGCGGAAUCCCCAGCAAAUGGCUCAUCCAGCAGACAAAAGAAAAAGAUGGUUCCUGAUCCGUCUCUUAAGAAAAAUUAUUCCCUGAGAAAUAAGCAUUUUGUUGGAGGUGUACCGUGGCCUGGAAACAAUGGCGGAUCCUUGCACAAACUUGGCUCUUUCUUGCAGAGCUCUCCUACAGUCAUUCAGUCCAAAGCCAAGAAAUUGAUGGCAACAAUCAAGCUUCCCAAAUCUACAGAGGAGGAAUCUGUUAAAGAAAACGGUCUCAAGCCAAAGCGAGCCAAGCGAAGGCUGUAUAAUACAGACAUUUCUUCCCCAAUGGAGUUUUCUGGUCAUGUGAUUGUUAUGGAUCAAAAGGAAAGCGAUCAUGAAAUCAUCAAGCGGCGGCUCCGAACAAAGAAAACAUGAGUUCCGCUCC